AUGCUUUGGUCAUCUGCCCUUGUCAUGUGUACUGCUGGAGUAUUUGUUCCUUUCAUCAAUCACAAGUUGCCGUAUAAAGUUUGGUUUCCAUUUGAAACUGAUAUAGAAAAGAAUGAACUUGGCUUCUGGGUUGCAUCAUUUCUUGUUGUUUUCAAUUCAUUUUUCGGCAGUGCAAUUGACAUGGCAUUAGACAUUCUACCUGUAACUUUUAUGGCGUUUGAGAUUGGACUCUUGGAUGAGUGUACUGGAGUGUUCACUUUGUCAAUUACUAAAAGUAUCACCGAUUUUAUUAAAAUGACAACGUUUAUGGUGCUUGAAAUAUUCCUUCCUUGCUACAUUGGAAGAUUAAAUCAUGAUCAGUUACCUAUAUCAUAG